CUAGCUGCGAACAGAUGAUACAGCAUUGCGCGGUAUGAGCUCAGAAAUGGAACAAAAGAAAUCAUCCUAAAACAGGGAAUGGUGGGAGCACGGAUGUGGAAAGUAUAGAAGUUAUUUUGAACCCAUUAGCAAAGGCAAAUCAUUAUUUGGGCCCUGAUUUAAAGGGUAGUCUUUUGGCAAAUUUGCUGUAAGCGCGUUGCUCCCCACCAAAGCCAGCUACAGGGGAGGGACUGCCGAUUUCUCGACUUUGCAGCUCUGAAUGAAGGGGAGGGGGUCCGUAGACCGAAAUUGAUGGUAGUGGGCUUCUGAGGAAGACUACUCCUCUUGAUAUUAAAGGCAAAAUACACAUUUCAGUCGAACACAGCAGAGUUGGUGAAACGGGACGGUGGUGAAACAUGGAGAUGUCUGAGGGGCUGUCACAGCAGGAGAGACUCCAGGCUAUAGCGGAGAAGAGGAAGAGGCAGACAGAGAUUGAGAAUAAGAAGAGGCAGCUGGAAGAUGACAGGAGACAGCUCUCUCACCUCAAGCAAAAGUCCCUGAGGGAAAGAUGGCUGCUGGAUGGAGCUGCUGGCUCGGAGCAGGACGAGGCUAAGAAACAGCUUGCGGAGGACGAGGCCAAGCUCAAGGGUAUGGAGGAGAACAUCAUUAGAAUGGAGCAGGAACUGGAGGUGCUGGAGACGGGCGUGUCGGCGACCUCUACCAAAGAGAGCCUGACAGACGCAGCAACGAAGGAGGAAGCCAAGACAGCAGACAACAAAGCUCCGGCAGGCACUGUGCACGAGGUCAAGGGAGUUACAGAGGUCAAGGAAGUAGUCAAAGUGCACACCAGCCCUCAUCUGGAAAUGUCUGGAGGUGCCUCAGAUAGGAUGAGAGCAGAGGUCAAGGAAGUGCUCAAAGUGCCCAACAGCCCUCGUCUGGACAUGUCCGGAGGUGCCUCAGAUAUGACGAGAGCAGCAAUGUACUCAGUAGAGAUCACCGUUGAGAGGGACAAUGUCACAGGCGAGACUAAGGUGUUGUCCACCAACACCCUACUGCCCAUUAACCUCACUGGGCAAGGGGUCAAGGUGUAUGAGGAUUACCAGAAAGUGGUACACGAGGUGAACGGGGAGAACGGGGUCCACCAGCUCAGCGCCAAUGAGGUGGACGAGCUCAUCCACAAAGCCGACGAGUCCAUGAUGAGCGACGCCACCACCGCUGGUGCCACCUCCACUGCCCCCGUCGUCCCCACCGAUGCUGAGUUAGCCGCGGAGCAGCAGACGACACCACAGAAGGAGAUCACUGGCAUGGAGGCCAAGGCGGGCGGCGCCAGUCCCCAGCCAGGUGGAGGCGAGGUGGAGGCCAGUGCCGAGAACCCCGUCACAAUGGUGUUCAUGGGCUACCAAAGCGUGGAGGAUGAGGCGGAAACCAACAAGGUGCUGGGCUUGGAGGGCACCGUCAAGGCCCAGCUGGUGGUCAUCGAGGACGGCGAGGGCAAGAAUGUGACGGUGGGGCCCAACCCCGCCACUGUGACCGUCACCGAGGGAGGCACCAAGGAAGAGCAGUCGCCCCCGCCCAACGGCAGUGCCGCCGACCCCGUUAAGACCCCCCAGGAGAAGGCCCCCGUGGGGGAGAAGGGGGGCGAGCCAGAGGGGGGCGCCACUGAGCUCAACAAUAAGGAAAAGCAGCCCUGCAAGUGCUGCACCAUCAUGUGAGCCACUGUUGUGUGGCCGCAUUCCCCCCGGGACUUGACUUUUCAAGGAGAAAAUGACAAACCAACAACAACCAUAGCGUGAAAAAACCCCAACAAAAACUCACCCCUUUCCCGUUAGCCCCCCUCCCGACAAAAAAAGGCAUAAAUGUUCUGUAUCUUUUAAUAGCCGGCUGUUGUUUCCCAACUUCAUUUUCAUCUCUUGUUUUAUAUAUUUCAUUUCAUUUUUCUCCUUUCAUUCUUUUAACUUUUGUAUGAUUUUGGGUUGUGAUUAAAACGGAUGGUGCCAAAGGCGAGCCAUCCCUGCGUUUUUACACUUUGAGGUGUCUGAGGGAGAGAGGAGAUAGAAAAUGAAAGAUAGAGGGAGAGAAAGACAGAGGAACUGGUUCGUUAACACACCCAGCAUUGUCCAACAAGCUUUUUUUUUAAUGACAUCUCUAAUACACCGUCAUGAGUUUUGUAAUCUUAACUUUCUGUAUGAAGGACAGAUAUAUGUCUCUAUAUAUCUAAAUAUAUAAAUUCUUUAUUUUAAAGAUAUAUUUAUUUGACUUUUUUUUGUUUUUUGAAAAAGCCCCGACAGAAGCAUGUUAUACAUUGUGCUUUCUGUCCUCUGCUAGUGCAUUUUAGAUAAAAACAUGGGGAAAUAUUUAUGACUGAUAAAGCUGUUAGAGAAUUCUCUUGGAUUUUGUUUUCCAGAAAGAAAGAAAAAAGAAAAGGGACUGUGGAAUUUCUGAGACAGACACCAACCACACUGCUAUUUGGAAGUGACAUGCAAUGAGACGUGAUAUUGAUGACAUCAUUGUAUUGUGUGCGUGUGUGUGUAUGGAUAUCCGUGCGUGGGUGUAUGAGCAUGCAUGGAUGUGUGUUUGAAUGUGUGUGUGUUGGAUUACAAUGGCCUCAUUGGUCCUUAUAUCAUCCUACACUACACUACCCACAAUCCCCAUCACCUCUUUUCUUUCUGGAAGAAAAAACAAUACUCGCUUAUUUUUUUUGGUCAUUUUCCUGCGCCCAAAUCAACUACACUAGUUCGACAACACUAGUAAUGAAAUGAAUAACAUGCGUGGUCUUUCAUACCGAAGCUUGAGACUGAUGAAAUGAAUGUCCCUGUGUAAGCCUUGACGUUUGUGUGGUUCACCCCCACUUAACUACAUUACCAAGAAUACAACUACCCCUUUAAAAUAAAUAAUGCCUUUGUGAUAACAGUAUUAACUAUUUUUCCUUUAACUCAAUGACAUAAUCCAAGCUCUGGCUCCUGAUGUGAUGACCUACCAACAACUGUGUUUUGAUAUGAUGGUCGGCCUGGACAGGCCCUUCCAACGUCCCAAAGAUUUUCAGUUGGAUAUCAACUACUGUGGAAUUGGUGCAUAGAGCAUAGUCUGUUGUUUUCAACCUUGGCACAGCAGCGCAUAUACUAAACUGUGUUGCAAAUACUGUAAGAAGUUGCUCCAUUCAGACUUUUAGGAGGAAUGCCAUUUGGAGGGGGUUGGGGGGUCAUAUUGUAUGUCGCCCUCAGAGUUGGUGUGGGAGGAGCUUCACUUUAAGAGUAUUUGGUUUCCUGUUUGAACUCUACUGUUAGGCCCUAGUUUUGUCAUUUAAGGGAAACAAAACCAAACAAAAGUUGAAGUAGGCCUACUUUUCAUUCAGUGUAUCUAUCUAUCAACAUGCUAGGCCUGAGGCAAAAAGCAUGGAAUUUCAACAUUUUUACAGUCCUAGAAGUUGACAGAAUCCUUUUCCACAGGGAGUGGCAAAUUUCGCUCCAAAUUCAAUGUUGCAAUAAUAUUUUUAUUUUCCUCACAGAUAAUUUUUUUUGCGGUGUAGCUCAAAUUGAACAGCUGUGUUUUACUUUUGUGUGCGUUUUUGCUGCAUUAUGGGUGCCUGUAGCUAUAGAAUAUUUUACUUCUUACUUAUUUUUGCCAUCUUGGAGCCAAAUUUCCAGCUGAGCUGAGAGUCAUGUUAUUAUUGUCCAGUGUAUUUUUCCAGUGGUGAGUUGAGUCAGUUGAGUUGAAUUGGUCAAGCUAGGAGCCAGAUCUUUUCAACCGACGCACUGACACGUGGACCAUGUAAACGUGGUCCAUGUACUAUUCGCAUGCGGAAUAAAACAAACAUUUUGUUUUCAAAGAUGGCUAAAUAGUGGAUGGUCUGCGUUAUCUUGAAGUGAGUCAAAGGUGUGAGCUCUCUCCAGCAAGAGGUUGACCGACCUUGGGUGAUGUUUGCCUAAUCCUCAUUUAAUAUUGUUCCAUGUGCAUUGAUAUUUAUAGAGCUCUAUAGGUUAUUUUAACGGUGUAUGUCAUUGGGCUCCCGAGUGGGGUAGCGGUCCAAGGCACUGCAUCUCUGUGCAAGAGGGCAUCACUACAGUCCCUGGUUCGAAUCCGGGCUGUAUCACAUCCGGCUGUGAUUGGGAGUCAAAUAGGACGGCGCACAAUUGGCCCAGCGUCCCCGGGAUAGGCCGUCAUUGUAAAUGAGAAUUUUGUUCUUAACUGACUUGCCUAGUUAAAAGAAAGGUUAAAUAAAUAAACGUCUUUGUGAGGGUUCAAAUCAAGAACAGGAUGGACAUUGAUAAAUAAAAUAAACAUCUGAUAACAAGGUCUGAUAAUCCUUGUCAGAAUAAUGCUGGUGAAUCCAGUACAUUGUAGAAAAAACCCAAAUGGAACAUCUAUUCAUUUCAUCGUGUAAAAUAUAUCAUGAAACAAAUGUAUUUUGCCAAUCCCCUUCAAUCCCACCUCCUCCUGUGCGUUCAAAUGGGCAGGGCAAUCAUUGAUAUGCCGACACCUUCUCCAAUAUGCCGCUCAGCAUCCAGCAAGGAGGAAGGAGCAGAAAAAGCUGACUCAGUGUACAGUCAGUGUACGGUCAGUGUGACAUGGCCUGACUCUCUAGACUGCUCUUUGUCUCUGUGAGUGGGCGCUGGUCACGACGAGGGCACAGACACGUGCGUUACUCUAUAUAGGACUGUCAGCAUGGGGUGUUGGUCUAGAAGUUGUCCCGAACAAAAACACUGCCUUCGAUCCGUUCAGGCAUCACUGAAGACCAGUCCUCAGUCAAGUCACAUUCCCACACAGCUGGAUCCAAACCUAUGCAAGGACUCCCAUGCUAACGAAUCACCAUCUAGGUAUAGCGUAUAGGACUGGAUAAGAGGCUUUAAGGUCAUCAGUAUGUUACACCAAACAAUGAUCUAAAGGGCCAAGCAUUGAACCAUGGUCCAUCCCUUCCUUUGUAUGUGUUUAUAUAUGAUUAUGCCUUUUUUAUUUCUGAAAUACUUUCUAGCUAACAGCUCACUACAUAUACAGUACGUGUGGCUCAGUGGCUGUUGGUUGGCAUAGGUUAGGUUGGUCCAUAUCAAUAUUAAAGGUGGGGUAAAGGAUUUCAUGUGUUGGCACUGCCAACUUGGUUGCACGUGACAUGCUGGGAUGGCUACAUGUGGGUGGUGUGUUUCUGUGGUGCUAAAUCAUUGAUGCUGUCAUAUCUGACUGCAGAAUAUGAGAUAUUAUGUUAGAUAUUAUUUUCUGCAACUUGUGUUUGAAGAAAAUCAUAGAUAUUUCUAUUUGCAAUAGGAAACAGUAGCAAGAGUCAUUUUGCUAGACACCUCAACAAGGAAGUGAUUCAUUGGUACCAUUUCCAAGAUUAUUUGAAGCAGAAACUGUGUUGUUUUAAAUGUUUUUUUCUUUUAAGAAAACAUUUGCAACAUUCAUCUCAAAAUGGAAAAACAUGAACCGUACUAAAUGCACUUAGGUUGAUCGAACUGAAACGAAUGGCGUUCCUGGUCUAACUAUUCGCCCGUACUAUUAGAGUCAGAGAGAACAUUGGUGACUUUUAACGAAAUCACCUUCACAGUGAAAUAUGGUGACAUUUAAGCUGAAGAAGACAUGCAUGAUACCUUCCUAAUAUGACGAUAGAGGAAAGAAUUACUUGCCACUUUCGGAAACAAGAGGACAAUGUUAAUCGUGUUUGCUCUAUUGGUGCAGCACAUUUUGCUCCAUCAACGUUGAGCUUCAAGGUAAACAAAUGUCAAUGUCGUUCUUAUGAAGGGUAAUGAAUGCCAAUGCCAUUCUUAUCAGGGGUAACGCAUGGACACCUCCACUCGAAGUGCCCUCACUGAGCAGUAGCGGGAGUCAAAUGCAGGGUCAAAUAUUUUUCUAUCCCUAAUGUCUAAGGUUAGGAUAGGGGUAUAGGGUAAUCCGAUCCUAGAUCUGUGGCGAAGGGUAACUUUUACCUCGAGCUCCUGUUGAAUACCCAAUACCCUUCCUUCUUUGGCCCCUCCCUCUUGGUGAGCUUGGUGCAGCGGCAGUGAGGCUUGUCGCCCCUGGCAACCCCAGCUCCUCCCACUCUGCACUGCCUGCACCGUGGUGCAUUGCUUGCUGUUUGGGGUUUCAGGCUGGGUUUCUGCUAUAGCACUUUGUGACAUCGGCUGAUGUAAAAAGGGCUUUAUAAAUACAUUUGAUUGAUUGAUGACUCUGCAGCAGCACCCCCUGUUGGUUCUUAUCAAUAUUUACAUUCCAGUUCUGGCUUUCUCUCUCUCUACACACCCCCAAUGCCUUGUAGUCUGGCCCCCGGCCAGGCAUAUUUUUUGUAAAUGCAUAUAUAAAUAUCUACAUAUAAAUGUCUUUGUGCAAAACAAAAUGUCUGUCGCUCUCUCAUCCUCUAGUGUAGACUCAUAGAUCCCUGUCCCUUCCCCAGUGACUCUGCGCUCAUGGCAGUCAGUCAGUGGAGGGCCCAGGUAAUAGAGUGAGUGCCCACAAACUGCUGCUUUCGUAUUGCUUUGUUAGUUGUGAAGGUCUGCUUUCUUACAAAUUGGAAAGUGCUGUAGAGGAAAGUGUUUGAAAAGACAAAUAAAAAUGUGAUGUGCUUCAAAGGUC